AAGAAUAAAGCAUAAACUUUUCCUUCACUCUCUCAUGGAGUUCUUUCCAGAAACGCUCAUAAAUUUUCCACCAAGAAACCCUAAAUUUUCGAUCCCAACUCUCUGCAGAAGUCCACCGACGAAUCACCAUUGAGUCCUUCGAAGAAUCUCUUGGUCUUCUUCUCAAAAUCAGAGCCGUUUGCUUGCUAGUUAUUGAGGAGGAUGGGUUCCUCAUCAAAUGGUGAUUUAUUUGAUGGGAGUUCUAACAAAAGGUCAUUGUACAGUGGUUAUUGCACCUCUUCUGGUGUUUCGCUUAAGUACAAGAAGCGAAAGGUUUAUGCUGUUCGCGAUUUUCCACAUGGGUGUGGACAGAAUGCUUCAUUUAUCAAUCUGAUGCCCCAGGAUACUGACGUAGUAGCAUCACUAGGUGAUAAAGAGAAUUUGGUGGCUGAUGAAAAGAUGGUGAAAGUUGUAGUGGGUGAUUGUGUCAAAGCUUCUGAAAUUGGGAAUGAAUCAUCAUCUCAUCAAUUGGUGGAAAGUCCAGUGAAGUUGGAAUUGCCCGACAUAUUGAAUGAUUUGUUGGGGAAGGUAGUGGUUGCGGCUGGGAAGGUCAAUGGGGCUGAAUUGUCCCCUGUUGUUGAGUCUCUGGGAAGUGGCUUGCCAAAAGCUUUAGAAAAUAAUGCACUAGAAUUGUCAAAGGAGUUGCACGAAGUGGAAGUUCAGGCUGUGUUGAAGAGUGAGGGUGCACCAGAAAGCAAAAUUGUGUUAGAGAUUGUUUCUAUGGCUGAUGGGAGGGUUCCAUCAGGUGGUGCAAAAACAUGGUUUCCUCCAGAGUGGCCUACUAGUGAUGGCAAUGUUUCGAAGGAGACUAACUUGAAAGCUAAAUAUUUUAGGAGAAGGGUUAGAGCUAUUCGUGAAUUCCCUCCUUUUUGUGGAAUGAAUGCUAUUUGUCCGACUGAGGAAGAGUGCCUGAGAAUUGUCUUGGGAAACAAGGCUUCAGUUGCUCCAGUUGAGGCUGCUUUGCAGGGUACGCUGUCAAGAGAGACAGUGAGGGCUAAAGAGGAAUGCAGUCUAGUGAGAAAGACAGCAAGGACUGGCAUUGAAGAAUUGGACAGGGAUGUUCGAGAUACAAAUGCCAAAAAUAGGGAUAUGAAGAAGAAAUUGCUUCCUUCUGGAAAGGCUUCAUAUGAAAUUAAAGGUGCACAGGUUGUCAAGGAUAAGGGAGAUUUUUCCAUAUGUGAGCAAGAUGAAGAUUCUCCUGCAAGUCAGAGACCACAUGAUUUUCAGGUGAUCCUGCCUCCUUUUGGUCCUGAUAGCUCGAGUCAUGGUAAUGUGCGUAGCAAAGUGAGGGAAACACAACGUCUAUUCCAAGCUAUUUGUAGGAAGCUCUUGCAAGGAGAAGAAGCAAAUUUGAAGAAACAAGGAUACUUGAGCGGAAGGCUUGAUCUGAAAGCAGCACAGAUUAUCAGAGCUAAAGGAAAAGAAGUUAACAUAGGCAAACAGAUAAUAGGAUCAGUGCCGGGAGUCGAUGUAGGUGAUCAGUUUCAAUACAGGGUGGAGCUUGCUCUUGUUGGCAUUCAUCGUCUCUAUCAGGCUGGUAUUGAUUACAUGAAACAUGGCGGGAUGAUCAUUGCAACAAGCAUUGUUGCCUCAGGUGGUUAUGCAGAUGAUUUGGACAACCCUGAUGUUUUAAUAUACUCUGGUCACGGAGGAAAUAUAACUGGUCGGAAUAAACAACAACCUGAAGACCAGAAACUUGAAAGAGGAAACUUGGCUCUGAAAAAUAGUAUAUCAGCAAAGAAUCCUGUUCGGGUAAUCCGUGGUUCUAAAGAGACAAAAUUAUCUACCUUGGAUGCAAGAGCCAAGAUUGUUCUGACAUAUACUUAUGAUGGCUUGUAUACAGUGGAGAGAUACAUGCAUGAUGUAGGGCCACAUGGUAAGCUGGUUUUUAAGUUCGAGUUGAAGAGAAUUCCAGGCCAACCAGAGCUUGCUUGGAAAGAAGUGAAGAAAUCAAAAAGAUUUAAAAUUCGGGAGGGUCUUUGUGUUGGUGAUAUAUCAGUAGGGAAAGAGUUAUUUCCCAUUUGUGCUGUGAACACCAUAGACAAUAAGAGACCACCCAAAUUCAAUUAUAUAACUGAGAUGAAAUAUCCUGAUUGGUACUGCCCUACUGCUCCCAAGGGUUGUGAUUGUAUCGGUGGAUGCUUGGACUCUAAAAAAUGCUCAUGUAUGUUAAAUAAUGGAGGAAAAAUUCCAUACAACUGCAAUGGGGCUAUCGUUGACGCAAAGCCUCUAGUGUAUGAGUGUGGUCCUUCUUGCAAAUGCCCUCCUUCUUGCUAUAAUAAAGUCAGUCAGCAUGGCAUGAAAAUACAGCUUGAAAUCUUCAAAACGAAGUCAAACGGCUGGGGUGUUAGAUCCCUAACUUCUAUUCCUUCAGGAAGUUUUAUAUGCGAGUAUAUUGGGGAGCUUCUUGAAGACAAGGAAGCUGAAAAAAGACAAAAUGAUGAAUACUUGUUUGAUAUUGGACACAAUUUCAGUGAUUGUUCUCUCAUUGGUUUACUUUUGACUCUCAAGAAUGUUGUACAGUUAAGUUCUAGUGAAGCUGUGAAGGAUGAGCAUUUCACAAUCGAUGCAGCACAGUGUGGGAAUGUGGGGAGGUUCAUCAACCAUAGUUGUUCCCCUAACCUUUAUGCUCAGAAUGUCCUCUAUGAUCACGAGGACAAGAGUAAACCCCACAUAAUGCUUUUUGCUGCAGAAAACAUUCCUCCCUUGAAGGAGCUGACUUACCACCAUAAUUACUUCGUCAAUCAGGUUCGAGAUUUGAGUGGAAAUAUUAAGAUGAAGAGCUGCUAUUGUGGUGCUGCAGAGUGCACUGGCAGGAUGUAUUGAUGCAGGGAACAAAGUUUGGGGUUUUCCAGAAUUAGAGAUUCCUUGUGUCUUAAUGGAUUUGCUUAUGGUUCUUGUUUAGAUGGGCAAGCCUUGCUUUUGAUGGAGGCAGACAAGAGGAGAAUUGAAAGAAGGUUAAAAUAGUUGGUUCGUUCAUAUCAUAUUCUGAGGUAGUGGCAGCUCAAACGUUAGUCUGUACAUCAGUUUUUUGACAGUGGUUUCUCAAGUAGUCAAGUUGUUUUCUGAUAACAUGUGCUGAAUUAGUGAUUUUGGGGAGAAAAUUCUGAAGCGCUAACCUGGUAACCUUCUAUAGUUUGGAAUGAUGGCACUUUUUUCAUGUUUUGCUGAUUUUGCAUGAUUUGGAAUUUGUACAUGUGAAUUUUGUGGAAGAGUUAUGACGUAAGUGACUUUUUUUUGUAGUGUUUCUGCAUUGCAACAUUAUGUUUCUCAUAUUUGUUUAAUGUGAUGGUUACUUAGGAGUGACAAA